CAAGAUGUCGGUGAGAACGUGUUAUUGAAUCAUCGCGAGCCUCCCGGUGCUGCGUCUGUCGAGGACGCGGCGGUGCGCUCACGCAGCGGCGCGUAUAUAUAGCGCGGCGCGCGGCGCACUCAUCACACUCCACUCACACCACUCCGCGACAACAUGAGAGCCUUCAUCGUCCUGUGCGCGCUGGUAGCGUUGGCGGCGGGCGGCGCCGUGCGCGAGAAGCGCGGCUUCAGCAGCGGCUGGGGCGGCAGCGCGCUCAGCUCGGGCUGGAGCGGCGGCUACUCGGGCGGCGGCGGCUACGGCGGCGGCUACGGCGGCGGCUUCGGCGGCGGCUUCGGCGGCGGCUAUGGCGGCGGCUCCUCGGGCGGCGCCAAGGUGGUGGCCGUGCAGAAGGUGGUCAACGUGCAGCGUGAGAUCACCGUGCCGCAGGUCGUGAACGUGCGCAAGGUGGUGUCGGUGCCGCAGGUGGUCACCGUCAAGCAGGUCGUGCCCGUCUCCGGCGGAUACUCCGGCGGCGGUUACUCCGGCGGAUACUCCGGUGGAUACUCCGGUGGCUACUCCUCCGGCGGCUACGGCGGCGGCAGCUCCGGCGGUUACGGCGGCGGCUACUCCAGCGGCGGCUGGUGGUGAACUCUCUAGUCAACGACGUCACAAAAGGCUAUUUAUGAAAUAAACGUUUUUUUUUAUUA